ACCAAAUGCACACCCCUCUGAGACUCAUCCAGAUUUGGCAGCCAUUCCUCCCUGUCCAUACCCAAAGGGGAAAGCUGCAACUACAAAACCAGUAGAGGGCGCCACUGGCGUGGACAGGGUAAUCUACUCUAAUGCAAACUCGGAUGUGCCGGGUGGAGAUGUUGGCAACAGCAGUAGUUCACCAGAUAAAACUGGUGAGAAACGAAUACCCAUUCUGCGGACCACCUCUGUUCAAAGAGCCAAAGAAACGAAGUGGUUAUCUUCAGAAACAAGGAGGUGUCCAGAACAACAGGGGAUGGAGAAGACGUUGGGUCAUCUUCAAUGGCGAAGAUUUGCGCUAUUAUACAGACAACAAGACAUGUGUAUCAAAGAAGAUAUUGCCUGUGUCGUGUAUGGCAAAUGUGGUGAAUGACAUCAAGAUGGAGGAUAAUCGGAAAUAUCGGUUCAAAGUGGUCACUGCCAACAGAGUGUACAUAUUUGCUGCAGACACAUUAGAGGAAAACCAUUUAUGGAGCAGUACCAUAAUGGAGGCAAUUCUGAAAUACAAGCCUCCCCCAGAUGGGAUAAAGGAUGGAGGCCGAAUGCACAGCCCUGACAAAGAAGGCUUCGUUAAAAUUGAUGGCAUCAAAAACAAGUGUUUCAUGGCCAUCAAGAAGGACGUUUUAUGUUAUUAUAAUAAUUACGAGGAUUUCAUCCCCGAUUGUGCCAUCAAUGAGAUUCAGAUGAAGCUGGCAUCUGUCAAGGAACUCGGCCAGACAAAGCUACAACUCUCCACUCAUUACUCGCAGUUUGUUUUCACAUUUGACAAUGCACAAGAAACACAAGACUGGAAGAUAGCCAUUGAAGAUGCAAUAGCAGAGGGCCUUGCUGAUGAUACGGUGUUAAAAAAGGUAAUGGUCAACAGUAGUAAUCAGUGGUGUGCAGACUGUAGAGCACCUAAACCUCACUGGGCAGCAAUUAAUUUGGGCAUUGUGUUAUGUAAAAAGUGUGCAGGCAUUCACCGUGAGCUUGGUUCAGGGAUAUCCAGAGUCAAGUCUUUGAGGAUGGACACCAAAAUCUGGACACCCAGUUUGAUUGGGCUUAUUGUUGCUAUUGGCAAUGAGAAUGCAAAUAAUUUCUGGGAGUUUGACAUGUUAUCCGACAUGGAGAUUGAAAGUGACACGACAGCUCAGCAGAGAAAGCAUCAUAUAGAGGAGAAAUACAAACAUCGCAAGUUCUGUCGACUCCAUCCAAAAAACGCCAACAAAACAGCCCUCAAUCAGGAACUCCUCAGAGUGGCGGAGACAGAUGAUGUCCUCAAAACAAUGCAAAUUUUAUUCUCUGGGGCAGAGAUCUUGUAUCACAGACCAGGUAAUGACGGGGAGACUGCGUUUGAGAUAGCUAAGGCUGCAGGACAAAGUUUACAAAUGGAAUUACUGUAUCAGAACGGAGGAGACAAAAUAGCUCGGUUGACAGACUCUCCAACAUUCAUGGAAGCCAAGCUGCGGUCCACCGUGCGUCAACAGGGGUUUAUGUACAAGACAGGCAGUAAUAGAAAAGACUUCCUGAGACGAUGGUGUCAGCUAGAACGUGGCUCACUCAGCUACUUCCUGGACGAUAAGACUUUGAAUGAUGCUCAUGGUGUGGACUGGACAACAACAGCCAAAGAUUCAGUUGGGUAUGACACCAUGUUGAGCUUGUUCACCACCUCCACAGACAAGUAUGCUAACAGCUUUGAACUGAGUACAACCAAACCAGGUAAUCGACUCUUCCUGUUUGCCACAGACUUUGUGGAGGACCGGUUGUCCUGGUUAAGAUCUCUGGCCAAGUGUUUUUGCCCCAUUUGGAUGAUGGAUCAGAUGGAUAACUACGAUUUCUCAUUCUGCGGCUACGUGUACUUGAAGGAAGGCCUCACCCAGGAAUGGUACAAGUCAUGGAUGAUGUUGUGUGGUCGAAUGCUGUACUUCACGUCGGAGUUGAUAGAACCGGACCAGUUGCAGGAAAUAGAUCUACGAAAGGUGCUGCAUAUUAGACUACAGGAUACUUCCACCAAUCAUCUUUGCCUGGAGGCGGGGCCAUGUUUGGUGAUUGACGCAGGAAGGUCUGUCUACAUUCAGCUGGAUCUCCAGCGGGAUACAGAGAAGCUUUAUGCAGGCAUACAACUUGUCUCCUCAAGUGAGAGCCACAAACUGGAUGACCAGCAGCUUACCACAAACAACAUCCCUGUGAUAGUGGAGAAAUGCAUCACACAUAUAGAGCUUCACGGUAUUACAGCAGAGGGUGUUUACAGACUUGCAGGCACUCACUCCAAGAUCACCAAGCUACUGGAAUUGUUCAGAAAAGAUGCCCGGGCCCUGAUUAUUCGAAAUGAUGAUUACACCGUCCAUGAGGUGGCCAACUGUCUGAAGAGGUAUUUCCGUAGUUUGGAUGACCCACUGCUGACCUAUGAUCUGUACAAUCAGUGGAUUGAUAAAGCAGCCUUAGAAGACCAAGCCACAAAGAUUCAGUGGUACCAAUACCUCCUCAAUGAACUGCCGACAGUGAACAAAGCCACUCUGAAGAAAGUCAUACAUCACCUGGUCAAUGUCUCCCAGCACGAGGAUGAAAACAAGAUGGGGAUCAACCAGUUGGCCUCCAUAUUCGGUCCCGCACUCAUGAAACUGGACUCCAGUUUGCCCGUAAGCGGUCAGACAGGAUUUGGGUAUACGAACAGAGAGAUUUCCUUAAUGGUUGACAUGCUCAAGUUCCAUGCCCAGCUAUUUGAGAUGGAUAAGAGUGAACUGGAAAAGAAACAGAAGCUAGAAAAGGCUAUGGAGAAGCUGAAAGCUUUGUCAUCAACUAGACCUGUGUCCACUGUAGACUCUGGUUUCAUUAUGCCUGUAUAUGUGGACAGCCCUCAGGGAGACUGUAUUACUCUACAGGUGACAUCUACAAUGAAGGUAGAGGAGCUGGUAGAAUUGGCUAAGGAGAAGAAGAAACUGCCAGGAGAAUGGGUCCUCCAUGAGUGUGUCUGUGAUGGAACUCUUGAGCGUCCACUGAAUGACCAGGCCCGCGUGUUCUCCAUCACCCAGGAGUGGCAGGACUGGGACGAGGAGUACAGGAAGGGCGUCUGUCUCUGCCUCAAGGUCUCAGAUCUCAUCCAAACCAUGCACUCCCUGUAUGAGUUCCAUGCUCCAUUGUUUGGAGAACUCCGAUUCAGCGAGAAGAAGGCGUAUAAGAAGUAUUGUUUUGAGUUCAAGCAGUCCAAGUUAACAUGUUACAAGGAUGCUCGGGCCGCCAAUAAAAUUGGAGAAUGGGAGGUGGAAAAGCUGUCCAUAUUUCACGGCGUUGAGAGACGAAGAAACCCACCUACGGAAUUUGGCUUUACAUUCAUUGUUCGAGGAGAAAGAAUAAAAAAGAGCCGUGAUAUGCCCUACUUUGGUCGCAGUGUGGCCUGCACUACACGGGAAGAAGCAGUGAACUGGCUAGCAGGACUGUACAAGGCUCAAUAUCCCAAUGGAUUCCAUUCCUGAUGGCUCUGUCCAUGGUUAGUGUCUAUGAAACAGUUUGCAUGGGCAUUGUUUUGAGGCAUCUUACACCCUAACAUUUCAUUAACGGUUUCUGUGAAGGCAGUGUGCAAAAGACAGGUGUUGAGGAUCUCUUGGAGUAAGACUGGGAGAAAACAUGCUGUUUUUCUUGGAAGCAUUAUGCGACUCAAUUGUCAAAAUCCUGAGCACCGACAGUGAUUAUAUCCAAUGAAAUUUUCACCAGACAUGGAACAUAACAAAGCGGAGUCACAUUGGAGACAAGAUAUGAUGAUGGCACUGACGUCCAAGGUUCUUUUAAAAGAUUUAAGAAUUUUGUUUUCUGGUCAAGGAGACAAUGACUUCCUUUUCACCAGACAUGGAUUAUAAAAAAUGGGAGCCAUAUCAUAUAUCUGGAAUGGUGGUACAGAUGUUCAACGUCCAUUUCAAAAUCUUGUUUUAUGUCCAUGUUCAGGCCAGUAUUUGCCUCCUAGGCAUCCAGGUUCAGGGCUCAUCUGACAUUGUUAAUAUCCAUGAUCAGGGGCCAGCACACAAUGUGUUGCAUGUAGUGCUGGGGCACUAUUUAUUGCAUGGAACAACUUGGGUUACACGCCUGGCCUAACCAGCUAUGAGAAGUGCCAUGGUAAUUGUCAGCAUUUUUUGGCGAAAGCUUGCCAGAGCAGCAUUUCUAGAUAAUGGUUAGAGCUGUGGGACUUGUACACGUAAAAUGAACAAAGGUUGUCGUUGUUGUUAUUUGGUACACGCUAUCUAUACUUCAUUCACACGCGGGAUGAAGUUAAUCAAGCGGUUCAGAUUUUGAUAAAAAAGAAACACCCUCAGAAUGUGUUUAGUGCUAGAUCUGACUGUGCUUGUUUUUGUGUGAUCAUACACAAAGUAUAUGGAAGUUCCUGGUGUUAAACUCGAACAAAUUUUGGUGUGAAUAGUUUUAGUGCAAGUGGUAUAGUUUUGUAUUUGUUUCCACUAUGGAGAAUAUGUCACGUGACAUUAGGAGAUUGUCUUGUCCCGACGGGUUCAUGUUUUGCGACCAAUCAGCUCCUACCCACAAGGGGAUUGUGAUAGAUAAACGGAAUGCAUAACUAUUUGUUUCGCAUUAUAUUUAAUAUAAAUAGUUGUCCGAGCUGAACAUUUGCUCCAUUUUGUAAAACAAUCUACAAUGUAACUAUUUCUGGAGUUUUAAUUUAACUUUGUACCAACCUCAGACAUAGGGAUUGUGAAGUUGGUCUUUGAAUCAACUGUGGUUUAACUGUUUAAAAAAAUGUGCAUCCAAGUGGCAGCCAUUUUGGAAAGCUGUCCAGAGUUGAAAUAUGCCCCUAUAUGGUAAAAUUGAUUAUGCAAUUGCCACAUGUGUUUAUAUUGAUCCUCAUAGCAUGUAAAUGUCUAUAUCUAUACAUAU